AUGUCAAUUAUUUACGCUCUUGUCGUCCGAGAUCCUGAUAUAGUUUUAUGUGAGUUCUCAAGAGCCCAAGGCAAUUUUCCUCAAAUCACAAGGAAUAUCAUUUCUAAACUGCCAAGAAGUGGCAAGUUCUCGUAUACAUAUAACGAAAAGUUUUGCUAUCAUUACAUUUCUGAAGAUAAUAUUCUCUUUAUUUGUCUGUCAGAUGCUGAAUUCCCAAGAAGAAUUUGUUUUUUAUUUUUAGAGGAUAUACCAAUUGGAAUAACUUAUUUAGCUUUAAAAAAAUAACUGGAUAGACUAAAAUAUGCUAAUUUAGAAUAAAAAUUAAGGCUUGGAUUUCUAAGCAAGCCAAAUGAACAUCUGGAUUAACAAACAUUUAGCUCUUUAUUGAAAUUUCUCAUUAAAAUAUUUUUUGGGAUGCCAAUCCCUAAGUAAUUACUUGCUACUGGUUACUGGAUUUCCACACUCACCAUUAUAAUAGAUUCAAAGUUUCCCAAAAAGUAUAUAAAAUCAAACUUUAUGAACCGCUACGGGCAUGUAGUCAAUACAGUAAUCGCAUUCGGAGUUAAUUCCGAAUUUUCUGAUGUAUUAAAAACAAGGAUAAAUUAUUUUAAUACAGAUCCUAACGCAGAUAAAUUGCAAAGCAUAAGGUCAAGUGUCGAUGAAGUAAGAAACAUUAUGAUUGAAAAUAUUGACAAAGUCCUUGCUCGCGGAGAAAAAGUUGAACUUCUAGUAAAAAAGUCAGAAAUAAUGAGUGAGCAAGCAGUCACGAUGAAAAAAAGAGCAGUCCAAGUGAGAAGAAAAAUGAGGUUUCAGAAUAUCAAGCUAUAUAUAAUUUGCGGUGUGGUUUUUGUAUUUGUGUUACUUUUACUGGUAAUGUCUGUUUGCUCUCCUGAUUUUUCAGAGUGUUAG